AAAAAAAUAAAAAUAGGAAAUCCAAAUAAAUACAGAUGGCACCACAAAGCAAGGGGUAAGGGUAAGGCUUGGUAUCAAAAUCACACAAUCUAAUUGGUCUCACCCAUAUCACCUUAUCCCAAUAUCCAAAUCUCCCAAACAUUAUUUCUCAUCAAAUAUUAUUCCACCCUCCAAUUCCAAUUCCAUUUCCACCACCCAAAAGAGAAUCCAUGGCAAUGGCAACGCAAGCCUCCCUCUUCUCCGCCGCCGCCGUCCCGAAAUCCGCCGUGGCGGCCCCGUGGAAGCAGUCCCUCGCCCACUUCCCAUCCCUCAAGCCCUCCAAAACCCUAGCUCGGGGCCCCAUCCGCGCGAUGGCGGAGGAGGCCCCGACCAAGGAGGCGCCCGCGGCCCCGGCGGGGUUCACCCCGCCGGAGCUGGACCCGAACACGCCGUCCCCGAUCUUCGGGGGCAGCACGGGCGGGCUCCUGCGCAAGGCGCAGGUGGAGGAGUUCUACGUGAUCACGUGGGACUCCCCCAAGGAGCAGGUGUUCGAGAUGCCGACGGGCGGCGCCGCCAUCAUGCGGCAGGGCCCGAACCUGCUGAAGCUGGCCCGGAAGGAGCAGUGCCUCGCCCUCGGCACCCGCCUCCGGUCCAAGUACAAGAUCAAGUACCAGUUCUACCGGGUAUUCCCCAACGGCGAGGUGCAGUAUCUGCACCCCAAAGAUGGGGUAUACCCGGAGAAGGUCAACGCCGGGCGCACCGGCGUUGGCCUGAACCUCCGGUCCAUCGGGAAGAACGCCAGCCCCAUCGAGGUCAAGUUCACCGGCAAGCAGGUCUACGAUUUGUAAUUUCUCAUUGAUGCCAUGCUUCUCGAUCUAAUGCUGUAUUUAUUUUUUUUGUUUUUUUUUUGUUUUUUUGUUUUUGGUUUCAUGAAAGAUACUGUCUUAAAUAUGGUCAAGGAAUUCAUCUCCUGUCUUAUUUCA